GCUGAAGUCGGGCUGAAGUUGCGAUAAAUAUGCUCUUGCUACCUCCUGCAGCACUUUCCUCAGGCUCUCCAUCCACCCGCCGACGCGAGUAAUACUUUGAGAUCCCCCCCCUCCCGGCUCCUUAUAGCAGACAUCCCUUGGCACUCCCCCUCCAUGCCAGAACCCUCCACCCAAUCUGCUCGCAUCAUCUUUGGGCCCCGUGUCCAGAGUCUUCAGGAAGGCGUCGACGAUGCACCAGUCCAGAUAACCAAAGGCACCUGUAAGCACAACAGCAUCAUCGAGCUCCAAGACAUCACGCACCUGCAAGUCACCAUCCAUGCCAGUUGUCGUACGUCUGCGGCCCCACUCGCGCCUAGUCAUGCUCUGACUAACCACUCGCUCUCUGCAUAGCCGAAACCUUCAGCUCCGACGAGCACUGCAUCGACAUCUCCCGCCUCCCGCUCCUGCGCUCGCUCGCGGUUGAUGUUGUCUAUGACACCCUCGCCGAUACCAGCGUCGUCCACGUCUGGACCGGCAUCCUCGCCGUCAUCAGGUCCAUCCCAGAGACCUCCCAGCUCGAGCGCGUC